CAUAAUUUCACAAUCUUUCGCACCAUCAAUAAAACAAAACCCAUAGCGAGCAGCGAGCCGAGCCAAGCACCAGUGUGGUUUUGGCGCGAAAAAUCCAUCCUCUCUCUCUCGCAGUAAUCUCUUCAUGGCAAGUUUAGGGUUUCGUCUUCCUCAAUUCUCCGAGGAUCGCGCUUGGCUUCCUCUUUGGCUCCAACAUUCUCAAUCAGAAUCACCAUCACCAGAAGCCGAAGCUAAUCAAGAAUUCAACGGUUUGAUUAAUAACGAAAAAGAUGUGGAGAUUUUGUCAAUUGAAGAACAAGGUGGAAAUUAUUAUUAUAAUAAUUUUCAUUUGUUCCUGUCAUCCGGAGAAGAUAAUAAUACGCAGUAUAGCAUCCCUCCAUCGCCGGGCAACUUGCUUCAUCUUCGUCUGCGUCUUUCGUCAGAUAGUGAUCUGCAUUUUAGCCAAAGCCAGCUGUUAUACGGGAAUGAAAGAUUGCAGGAUUCUAGUAAAGCCCUGCCCUUGAAGCAAGUUGAAACUUCGGGUGGCGUGGGAGAGGCAAUUCAAUUGAAAAUGGAUAGUGUUGGCGGUGGAGUAAUUCCAUCCUUAACUUCUGCCCCGAUAUCCAUGGAGAAUGCUGAUCCACGAGAUUUUACCAGUAACAGUGACAGUGGGAGGCAGUAUGAAGAAAGGAAGGGCCAAAAUGCCAGUUGUAUGAUGCAUGAUUCGCGUCUAAUUUCCAUUCCAACAACAGCAGAGAAUGCUGGUCCGCAGUCUGCCACGAAUUAUAAGGACAGAGGAUGUCGGCAUGAAGAAAAAUGCAAUGUGAUAUGCAUUAAAGAUGCUGAUAUCAGUGAUGCGGUCGAACUCUCUAUUUCUGCAUCGGAAGCACUGGUUAUACAUAAAUUCAUGAAGAUUGGCUCAUAUUCAGAUGCUUUGACCAAGCAAGCAAUCCUUGAAGUUGCACUGCAUAUUAAACAAGCACGGUUGGAGUCCUCUGAAGAUGCCUUUGGCUGCCCAUCUGAUGAAGCUGACGAGAUUGAUUUCCUUUCUGAUUUAGAUGAUUCGAUUAUGGAGGACGCUUAUAUAGAUGUAGGGCUAUCUUUUAGUGCCCAUGGUGAUGAGCAUCUUCAUGACCUGGACGUGUCUCAAGUUGAAGAUACUCCUGUGUUAGAAAAUCAUCAUCUGGAAGAAGGAUCUGAACAUGUACAGUUUCUGCCUCAGCAAAAUAAUGCUGAUGAUGACUUAGAUUUGGAUUCGAACCCCUCUGAUGCAGCAUGUCUUGGCGAUCACAUUUUACCUCAGCCGGCUGAGAAACUUUCAGAGAGUUCAUCAGGGGCAAAGCCUCCAGUGGAUGUAAACUCGUUCCAUGCUUGCAGUGCAGAAAAAGCUGGAGGAGCCCAUGAAGUACAUUAUUUAAUCGCAGACAGAUUCAAGAGCCGAUGGCUUGGAGGCUGGGCAGUGGAGGAAGGAGAUGCUUCUGCAAAGUGGAAGCAGAACAGCCCCAGAAGUAUCCCAAAGUUUUUUGUUGGCGAGACAAGCUUUCUCUCUGAAUCUGCUGAUCUUGCCCCGGAUCAGAAUUCUUUUGUGCAGAAACAUGAAACGAGGUCCAAUAUAGGUUCACAGUCCAGCAUACCUUUUGAAGCUUUACAUGAUAAACAAGAGGUUAUAUCCUCAGAUUUAUCGUUGGUGGAUCCACUAUGUUCUGUUGUUCCUUGUAGUAUCUCUCUUGAAAAUGCCAUUUCCCCUUCAGUUCAGAAUAAUAGAAAGGUUGAUGCUGAAAACUGCUUCAACCCCAAAACAGAUACUGGGACUGACAAUUUCCAGAAAACCUCUCAUCUAAAAGCCGAGCCUGUCUUUAUGGACAGCCAAACUGUGCCCAUAAUUAUGGGAAAAUGUUCUAACGCUCCUGUUCGAAGGAGGGUUGCCUCACUUAGGACUUAUAGCACACUUUCACCGAACUGUGAUGCUGUUCUGGAGAGGGAAGGACCUUGCCAUGAUGGAAGGUACUCAUCAGGACAUGUCAGAAAUCUUCUUGCCUCACAUCAGGAAAUGGGCUGCAUUAGACUGUCUGAUCAGAGGAAUUCUAAAGGGGUCUUGCCAUUCAAGUCUGUGUUUGAGAGCACUGAUGGUAGAGAUAAUGAAGAAAAUCAGGACGUGGUGAGGAAUCUGGUUGCUGAAAUAACUUGUCAGAAGAGAAGUCAUGAUCAGCCUACAAAAGACAGGACUGAGAUGAAAGUUAAACCUUCAGUACAGAGGAGGUCACCUCUUAUUCUAAACCGAAGGACACGCUGCCAUCCACAGGCCUCUGAACUCUUUGCUCACAACUUAACUGGAGAAAGAAGUCCUGAACAGGUUGUGGGACAAGAAAAUAUAAUUAAGCUUCAUCCAAGCAAAAAUGCCGAGAAGAUAAAAUUGAAAUGGGAAAACUCCUUUGGUGCUUGUAAUCCAGUUAGAAAGCGAGUUUGUUUCUCAGAAGUUGAAGUCGACCUUUAUCAAAACAAGGACCUUCGAAAGCCACAAACUCUACAUAGAAAUGGUUCUACAAUUAGAGCUGAUAAAAAGAAAAACAAUGGCAACACAUGCUCAGAGGUUCAACCUCAAGAUGUGAAAAGUUGUUUCACAGGUCAAAUAAAAGAUGCAAAGAGAUCGAUAUUUCAUGGUCUAGAGUUCUUGCUCACAGGAUUUUCUCAUAAGAAGGAAAAAGAGAUCAUCGAAAUAAUACAAGUAUACGGUGGCAUGAUUCUACUGGAUAUUCCACCUGUUCCAAAUUCAAGAUUAAAGCGAGUUUCAAGAACUAAUCUGCAGCACCUUCCUGUUGUUAUAUGUUCAAAAAAGCUACAAACCACCAAGUUCUUGUAUGGAUGUGCUGUGAAUGCCCUCAUUCUUAAAUUAAAGUGGCUUACUGAUUCAGUUGCAGCAGGUUCUGUUGUAUCUCCUGGCAAAUACAUGAUCAUAUCAAAUCAGGCUUAUUUGAAGUGUACAAGAAUAGGGAAGUCAGUUUGCUGCAAUCAUCGGAAGCAUAUUUUUGAUAGGGUAGGGAUUGUGCUUCAUGGGAAGCAUAGAUUUUGCACCAAAUUGACAGUAAUAGUGAAGCAUGCACGUGGACAGGUGUUCAAAACCCUUCAAAGUUUAGUGGAGAGUCUCGACUCUGAAAAGAUAUCCAUGGGGGCUAUUGUCACUGAGAAUGAGACCCGGGAAUUACGUCACUUGAGAUACUGUGCUUCAGAAAGGAAAAUACCCAUGAUGCCAGCUAGCUGGAUCGCAAAGAGCUUGCAUCUAGGGAAGCUUCUUCCUUUCAUAGAGGAUGAGGCCACUCCUUCGGUGAUUGAGGUAACAAAAUGCACAACUUCUAUGGAUUGGAGUCAAGAGAUUUGAUAUUUCCUCUUCACAUCCACAUGAGGUCUAUUUUCAAAUGGAACAUAUCAGGAACAUUACCACCCUCCCCCCACUCAGCUAAGUUCAGACAGGAUAGCAAAGCAGAUUCGUGGACAAGUUCAUCGACUAUUGCCUACCUUAUGAAUUUGCAAACUUCACUCUAAGAUCCUAAGCUUUGAAGUGAGAUUACCGCUUCUUGAAGUGUUCUAGCAUUGAUGACUCCAUUCCCUAUCAUUAGCCUGGUUGCUCAACCAAGGCUCUGCGCUGCAGAUUAAGAAUGAUAUCCUUGAAUGGUUGCAAACAGAAGGGCCUGGUUGAUAUUAAGCAUAGAGAAAUCAAUCGAUAGAUAUCAAAGUUUCAGAAAAAAAUAAAUUGACGUGAUGUCAAGUGGUUUUGAGGGAACAGUCUCGUGCUGAAACUUCCAACGGAUACGAUACUGAAGUCUGGUCUGCUUGGUGCUAAGCUUGUUGACUUUUAAAAAAUGUGUUGAAUUUGCUUUUGAAUCUAGUUG